AUGGCCCACACCGACCUCGCAGGGAGCUUAUCGCCGAGUCGAGUCAUGGAGAAAUCACCAAUGCCCGUGACGCCGCCCGCAGGCUACCUGCCCGAGCGCCCAUGCUCGACCAUGCCUGACAACGACUCUCCGCCGGGCAGCCCUCCCAAGGACAGCUACAGCCGCCAGAACCCGUUUGGCAUAUCACAGCAGCAGCCGCCCGAGGAUGACGAGAUGAACACCAGGGGCGGCGGGCGGGACGGGAGAGGGGGUGGGCUCUGCGAGGUUCUCCUGGCGGCGUGUUGCUGCUAUGCGCUCUGCGAGAUUUGUUGCUGA